AUGCCAAGUUGCAUGUCUUUGAGUCUUUGGGCUCAGGCAUUACCGGUUUUAGUAGAAUUUGCUCCCGCUUUGUUUGGUAUUGGUGCCGCUGGGUCUGCUAUUGGCACAGGUUUACAGGUUGCAAACGCAGUCAAUAGUUUAUUGUCUGGUGGUGAUAUAUCUAAACAGUCUACUGUUGAUACUAUCAUUGAUUACGGAGUUGAUACUGCUAAUCAGGCUUUAGGAAGGUUUAGAGAUGCCGCGUUACGGAGGACGGGUGAGAUCUUACGGGAAGCGUAUCGGUCGAGGUUACGGCCGCGUCCGCAAAGGUGGGAUAAGCCGAGGCCGCCGAGGACGAAGAAGUUGGGGCCGAGGUCGCGUUGGUAUGCGAAGGAGAAGUACUAUAGGUCGCGUGGGCAACCGUUCUAG